AUGUUUAGAGUGUUGAAUGCCUUUAGAGGCACCCAGGAGACGUUAUCUCAAGAGGAGAAAACUAAAAUCAUUUUAAAACAGGCUCAGGACUUUGAAUUAGCACUACGUGCUAUGGAUUAUGUCCUGGAUGAUAAAGCAGAACAAGGACUUGCUCUUUUGGAUGAAAGUGAUAAAGUAGACGGUCCUGAACAAACUAUCAAUGUUUUGGCUCGUGGUGUAAUUGAAUUUCUGGAGGCUACUUUAAGUUUCGAGCCUGAGGAGAUGAAGAUAGCUUCAGCUACUCUGGCUCGAGCAGAACAGUUAUCUUUGAAAAGUAAACAAAGAGCUGAGAGAGAUCAAAUCAAGAGUAGUUCAUUAUAUCCACCUGGUACAGUAUACGCUGUGACAUAUACGGAAUCAUGUUUACUUCACGCUCUAUUGAUGUUAUUUAGUGAGAGUAUGAUGGAAGCUGCAAAAGCUGUUCUAAAAUUGAGGAAAGCGUACCAUACUUUACAAGAUAUUUUACAACAAAUUAAGACCGCUAAUAAGAAGAAGAAAGGUCUAAAGAAUAAAUUUAGAAAGAUGAAAAUGGAAGAUCCCAACACAACUACAGAAACAGCUGAAUCAUCCUCCGCAAGUUUUAUCUCAAGUGAUUCUAAAAUGUUCGCAUCUGUUGAUAUUCCAUACGAAUUGACUCCAGAAGAACAAAAAGAUAAAGAAUUACUGGAAUACGCCGAAAAAAUCCAUAAAAUGAGAGUUAAUAGACUUUCAGGUGCUCAUAUAGAUAAUCCACCUGCUAUUAAUCGAUUAAGAAACGAAUUAGGUAUGGCUACAUUGGACAGUUUACCAAAGGAAGAUGACGACAGUAUUAAGACAGAACAUGUGUUUUUAUCCGACGAUUUAGAUGCUAGUCAAGCUACUAUAGAUGAAUUCGUACAUUCUGGUGUCAAUCUAUGUUUUGGUAUCCUUCAAGUUGUCAUAUCAUUAUUACCACCAGCGAUUGGUGCUGUUCUUUCUGCCAUUGGCUUCCGUGGUUCUCGUGAAGAUGGUUUAAGAUUAAUCUGGAGAGCCACUAAGGAAAGAAAUGUUCAUGGUUGUAUUGGUUUACUAGCAUUGAUGUUCUAUUAUGAUGGUCCUUUCCAAUUUACGGAUGAUGAUUUCGAUAUCCCUGCAGCAACUACCACGAAAAAGCGUUCUGACUCUACAACCAGUUCAUUACGUAGGCAUACCACUGGAGAAAGUUCCAAUUCAUUGAAUAAGACUAUGUCCGCACUCACAAUAGGUAGUGAAUUGGAUGAUAUCGAAAUGGAUGCUCCAACUUUGUUACACCCAGGGAAGAUUCUAGUUAAUGCCUUAUUGCAAUCUAGAGCCUUGUUCCCAAAUAGUGCUCUUUGGUUGCUGAAUGAAGCUAGAAUGUUAUCAUCAAGAGGUAAAUUACGUGAAGCUAUCCAAUUAAUGGAUUCCAUUGAUGUUGACAAAAUUCAUAUGAGACAAGUUAAAGUCAUGAUGGUCUUUGAUCGUGCUAAUACAUUAGUACACUUACACGAAUAUGAUAGAGCUGCCGACGACCUACUAAGUUUAUUAGAAUUUAGUGACUGGUCGCAUGCCCUAUACACUUAUUAUGCAGGUUGCUGCUACCUUGAAUCAUACAGAAUGUGUAAAUUAGGAUUGAAGGAUUCAUCUAAAGCUGAAGAGUAUAAACAAAAGGCUUCAAAGUAUAUUUUCAGCGCCCCAGAUCAUUUAGGGAAGAAGACUUUCAAAACCAAAAAUCUUCCAUUGGACAGAUUUAUGCUGAGAAAGGUAGAGCAAUUCAAGGCCAAACGAAAAGAAUUGAACCUUGAUGAUCCAUUAGACUGUAUUGCAACAUCCCCUGUACAUGAACUUGCAUAUUUCUAUAAUGGUUAUAAUAGAAUGAUACCAGAAGACCUCGAAAUCACCAAGAAGAUGCUGACCGAUUAUAAGAACCCAGCCAUUGAAGCAAUGGAUCCAGAUCAAGAAUUACUAAGAAAUUUGUUGUUAUCUCUAACGUUCAGGAGAUUGGGUGAUAUCGAAGAAGGUUGUAAAUUGAUGGAUUCAGAGGUUUUGAGUAAAAUCAUAACCAUUGACGAUAAUGGCGUUUGUACUUAUAUUAAAAAGAUAGAAGACCCAUGGGCUUACCCAGCGGCAUUAUAUGAACGUGCAUUAUUCUGUUGGAAGUUGAAUGGUAUGAAGGGCCUUCCGGAAAGUAAACAGUGGUUGGAAAGAGCCACUGGCUAUGCUGAUGACUAUGAACUAAGUUCUCGUAUCGGAAUGAAGAUUAAGGCUGCUCUUGACAGAGUUGAUCAUUCUAUGUGA